GGUGGUGGGGGGCGGGGAGGUGGAGCGCAGGCACCCCCAGGAUAGGAAGGCCACCUGGCUGGGCAGCCCCAGGUUCGGGGAGUCCGACGAUGACGCAGGGGAGGGCACGGCCCCCAGGAGCGAGUAUGGCACGGUUGUAGGAUCCCAGGUGACCGUCCGGCGACCCACCGUCCGCUUCAGUGUAGGCCCCUGGUCGUCUCGGAGCCCUUCCGUGCGGAACGUGGGCUGCUGCCUUUCGGACAUCAGUGCCAUUAACGAGCUGGCGAUAAUGGGAGACCCCAAUCUUCUGGAAAUGGUGGAGGAGGAAGGGACAGCAACUAAUAAAGAAAUGGAAUUUGCUUUCCAAGUGAAUGAGGAUGUGAGCAGUAGAGAAUCCAGCUUUCUCAUCAGUGAACAAACAGUGCCUGCAAAGCGAUUCAAUUUGUUCCUGAGAAGGCGUCUCAUGUUUCAAAGAGACGAGCAAAGCAAAGAUUCUAUAUUCUUCCGAGAUGGGGUUAGGCAAAUUGAUUUUGUGCUUUCCUAUGUGGAAGAUGUAAAGAAAGAUGCAGAAAUAAAAGCGGAAAGAAGAAGAGAAUUUGAACGAAAUCUCAGAAAAUCAGGUCUUGAGUUGGAAACUGAAGACAAAAGGGACUCUGAAAAUGGAAAAACUUAUUUUGUCAAGAUCCACGCUCCUUGGGAGGUACUAGUUACUUAUGCCGAAGUGUUGGGAAUCAAAAUGCCCAUUAAAGAGAAUGGUAUUCCCCGAACUCAGUACAAGCCCUUUAAUUAUAUGUUUGGGCCAGUGAAGCUUCCAGCCACUGUGAAGUAUCCUCACCCUGAGUAUUUUACUGCCCAAUUCACCAGACAUCGGCAAGAGCUCUUCCUCAUUGAAGAUGAGGCAACCUUCUUCUCAUCUUCAUCAAGAAACAGAAUUGUAUAUUAUAUUCUCUCACGGUGUCCUUUUGGCAUAGAAGAUGGAAAGAAAAAGUUUGGAAUUGAAAGACUGCUAACUUCUAACACAUACUCAUCUGCCUAUCCGCUCCAUGAUGGCCAGUACUGGAAGCCAUCAGAGCAUCGUCUCAAUGAAAGAUAUAUACUUCACAAGCAUUGGGCUCGGUUUUCCCUUUUUUACAAGGAGCAACCAUUAGAGUUGAUUAGGAAUUAUUUUGGAGAAAAAAUUGGUAUCUAUUUUGUCUUUCUUGGAUUUUACACAGAAAUGCUAUUUGUUGCGGCUGUGGUUGGCUUGGCUUGUUUUAUUUAUGGCUUAUUUUCAAUGCAAGCUAACCAAAGCAGCACUGAAAUCUGUGAUCCUAACAUUGGCGGGCAGAUAAUCAUGUGUCCCCUGUGUGAUCAAAUGUGUGAUUUUUGGAGACUGAAUACCACCUGUUUGGCUUCGAAGUUCUCCCAUUUAUUUGAUAAUGAGUCAACAGUGUUUUUUGCAAUAUUCAUGGGCAUUUGGGUCACGUUAUUUUUGGAGUUUUGGAAACAGCGACAGGCCAGACUAGAAUAUGAAUGGGAUCUGGUGGACUUUGAAGAGGAACAACAGCAGCUGCAGCUGAGACCUGAAUUUGAAGCCAUGUGCAAACACAGGAAAAUAAACCCAGUGACCAAGGAAAUAGAACCUCAUAUGCCAGUGUAUGCUCGAAUUCCAUGGUAUAUGUUGUCAGGAGCCACUGUGAUGUUCUGGAUGGCCCUGGUCCUCAGCAGUAUGGUAUCUGUGAUGGUGUACCGUCUGUCACUCUUUGCUACAUUUGCUACUUUCAUGGAAAGUGAAGCUUCUCUACAGCAUGUCAAAAGUUUCUUUACUCCCCAAUUAGCCACGUCAAUUACUGGAUCAUGCUUGAACUUCAUCGUCAUCAUGAUCUUGAAUUUCUUUUAUGAAAAAAUAUCUGCCUGGAUUACAAAAAUGGAAAUUCCUCGAACUUACCAGGAGUAUGAGAGCAGUCUUACCUUGAAAAUGUUCCUGUUUCAGUUUGUAAAUUAUUAUUCAUCCUGCUUCUAUGUAGCUUUCUUUAAAGGGAAGAUUGUGGGUUAUCCUGGAAAGUACAUAUACAUGUUUAACGAAUGGAGGAGUGAAGAGUGUGAUCCUGGUGGUUGUCUAGUAGAAUUGACCACGCAGUUGACCAUCAUAAUGGUUGGGAGACAGGUUUUUGGAAACAUUAAUGAAGCCAUUUACCCCUUGGCUUUUAAUUGGUGGAGACGUCGAAAAGCUAGGACCAACUCUGAGAAACUGUACAGUCGCUGGGAGCAGGAUCAUGAUCUCGAAAGUUUUGGACAGCUUGGGUUAUUUUAUGAGUACUUAGAAACAGUUAUCCAGUUUGGAUUUGUCACCCUGUUUGUGGCCUCUUUUCCUUUGGCUCCUCUCCUGGCCCUCAUAAACAACAUUGUGGAGAUCCGAGUAGAUGCCUGGAAGCUUACAACACAGUACAGGAGACCUGUGGCUGCGAAGGCUCAUAGCAUUGGUGUCUGGCAAGACAUUCUUCAUGCAAUGGCUGUGCUUUCUGUUGCCACCAAUGCUUUUAUUGUUGCAUUUACAUCGGACAUCAUUCCUCGUUUAGUUUACUAUUAUGCCUACUCUCAAAACACCACAGAACCUUUGAGUGGAUAUGUCAACAAUAGCCUGUCAAUAUUUCUGAUAGCUGACUUUCCAAACCAUAGUAUGCCCUUGGAUAACAAUCGUGACUUCACCACUUGCAGGUAUAGAGAUUACAGGAAACCCCCUGACCAUGAAUAUAAAUAUACACAUAGUAUGCAGUUUUGGCAUGUCCUUGCUGCCAAGAUGACCUUCAUCAUAGUUAUGGAACACAUUGCAUUCUUAGUUAAAUUUUUGUUGGCCUGGAUGAUACCCGAUGUACCGAAAGACAUUGUAGAGAAAAUCAAACAAGAGAAGUUAAUGACUGUCAAGAUUCUCCAUGACUUUGAGCUCAAGCAAUUGAAAGAGAAGUGGGCCCUUAAUCAUAAUAUAUAUGCCAAGCACGUCAUGAUGGAGGAGAGCAAAGCCCAACUGGCUAAAUCAACCAUGUAACCAGUACAGUGAGCAAGCAGUAGCUUGCCAGUGUCCUUUCUCUGUUUUCUCUGGGUGUAGGGCUAGAGGCCAAGAAGCCAUGUACCUAAUUUACAUGUUCUGUUCUUUUUUUUUUUUUUUUUACUCAAAAGUUUUUAUAUGCCUUUAUAGAGGCCAAUUUUGUGAUGCAGGAAGAGUACCACUUGUGUGUAUCAUCUUCUGGGCCCUCCCCAAGUCUGGCUUUCUGAGGUGCUGUAAGUGAUAGUUGAAAGUGCAUGUGGAAACGGAGCCUGGGAAAUCAUGGAAUGUUGCAGUUUAGAAUGAACCUGGGCCAUGAGCAUUCCCUUCCCUUUCCAGUGCAUCUGUUCAUUGGUGUGGUCUUCUGUGGAGUGACAUCUCUUUUCCAUCGAGAUUUUUAAAAAGAAAAAGAAAAAAAGAAAGAAAGAAAGGGAGUGGUGGGCCUAUGGAGUCAUAUAAAUGCUGCCAUUUUAAAAUGUGUAAAUGGAAAAUCAAAAUCAGAUGAUGUAAGGAAACGUGUAUAUUAAAGAAUAUUGGGUAAAUAACAUAGCAGGAGUUUGUUCCUGAAUUCGUCUGGUAUAAGCAAAGCUACCAUAGAAGCUCUGAUAGUCCUCCCAGAAUUCAGUGUUUUCAAGAGACUAAAUGAAAUUCAAUAAAUGAUAAAUGACAAGUUAACAUUUACGUUGCUAGUAGUUAAAACUGGAUUGUCUUAUCAGACAGCAUCAUUAAUAAAGGUAUUAAGUAACAUCAAGUUUUACAGUAAACGAAAGUUAUAGAAAAGUAAAUACAUUUUCUUAGUUGUUAAAUAAGACAAGACAGUGAUAACAAUUAAUUUAUUCAGUUUAAUCUAUAAAAGUAUUGAACUUAAAAAAAUCACUUUUCUGGAAUGCCUCUUUUUCAUCAGGAAGCAUUUUUGAGCAUUAACUUUUUGUAUAAGUUAGGUUAAAAUUGUUUAUGAAAUGUGAUCUCUUUGGUUUAAUGAAAAUUCAAACGUUUUCAUAAGUUUGCUGCCAUUUCAUAUUGAUGUAUCUAUCACUUUAUACAAUUUUCAGUGCCUUGCCUAUGCCUUUGGCACCUGAGAAAUGGUUUUGCAUAUUAAUCUGAUAUAAUGUAAUAUUUUAAUGUAAACUUGCCUUAGAGAAACUGCCAGUGUAUUAACGACCAGAAUUUAACACCUAAAGGUAAUCAACAAAAGAAAAAUAAUGGGGUAGACCUAAUAAUUAAGUGGAAAAUGUGCUUUUCUAAUUAUUAGUCUCAAAUUUAGCACUUUAGUAACUGUGUGUGCAAAAUCUCAUUCUUUGAUCACGUAUAGCAAGAUAUCAUACGCAAUUAUUCAUAUAUAAGUAAUAUGUGUGUGUGCAUUUACAUGUUAUCAAUACAGUGAGAAAUGCAACCUGAAUAUUUAAUUUCAAAUUACUAUUCAAUUUCAAAGGAAUAGUGAUUUUUGUUAUCAUACAACUGAAAAAGGGUAUAUAGCAUAUCAUUAUCUAUGCUAGCAAAUUCCUAUAGAAUUGGAAACACUAAAUGUAAAAUGUAUGGUAUUAAAUAUCAUUUGAAAAUUUUAAUUAAAUUAUAUAUAACUUAAAGCACUUAGGAUCAGGGAUUAUGAAUUUUAGAGUACCAUGAGACCAGUAAUGGCAAUAUUGGUUUGUCAUCCACGACUAGAUUGUAUGAAUGUAUUUGGGUAAUUUGGAAUGAUCUCAUAAUUAAAAGAUAUUUUCUAUAUGGCAGAGAUAUAUACUUUUGCUUAGGAAAACCAUAACUACUAUGAAAUAUCUGUGCUUCUGUUGUCUGCAGAGAAUAGCAAAAGAGAAUAUUGUUCUUAUAUAAGGAAUACAUAUAACUGAUGGAUGUUUUUCUUUUAAAACAUCAUUGAAAGUACUUUGUAUUCACCUUACAAUUUUCUACUGAGUAGUUUCUCCUUGCUUCAUAGAUUUUACAAUGAAACACUGGUGUCACAUUCCUGAAAGUUCACUAGAUUUGUCUCAUACAUAUAAACCCACUGAUUAUGAAGGAAGGACAGAGUUAAGAGCAUCUGACCAAGUGAAAUAAGUUAGCAUUUAUUUAAAAGUAUGGCAGUUGUUUUUGUUUCUCAGUCAUGCACAUGAUUAUUGUUUCUAGUGAUGUUCCAGGAAAUAUUUGAGAUCUUACAUGAAAUGCAAAUUUUAAGUACCCCCCCCCAACUCUUUCCAAAUAUCCUCAGGAAUCCUUGCCCUUGUCAGUUUUUCUUUGCACCGAAGAAGUCAGUCCUAGAAGUAUUUUAGAGGGAAUGUCCUAAUUAAAGGAAAGGCUAUUCAAGUGUAA